CACAUUUGAAUACAACAGUCAGCUAAGAGUUCUCAAGGAAGCCCUCACUUCACAAUACAAAGUAAACUUGAGUCAACUUCGCUCGGCAAAGAGUAGCUUCUGCAACUAACUCGAGCUCAUGCGCUUCAAACACUCAUUGCGUCACUGCAAGGUUCUAACUUCUGUCGCGAGUACAUGUACAGAUUGGCGUAAUUUGCAGUGUGUUCUCAGAAUAUCCGCCUACUGUUAACGCACCUGCGUUCGCCUCUGAACGGACCUCAAGUCAAUGGUGAUAAUGAUUCGAGGACAGAAGCACCCUAAAUCUGAAAGCGUGUAUCUUCUUCAAUUCUCUCCCACCAAUUCACCGGCCCAUAUUCCUUCUCGAUCGUAAUUUUACGAGAUAUGUGUAUGGAAAUCGAGGGCAUUCAUUCCUUGCAGGAAUCUAGCAUUAAUAAUUAUAUUGACUUGGCUCAACUAACUCUAUCUGUCUAUUGGAGAAUGAUUGAAAUGUAAUGGCACCCGGAGAAUAAGAUUUUCACUGAAAGGCUACAUCUGACAAAAUAAAAGAAAGAAAAUAUUAAAAAGGAAAAGGCUGAGCAGGAAAUAUGGACGUCACAUUAGGAGGGUGUGGCUUGGUGCUCGCAUUUCUCUUUAUCUUCUUUGGCAUGUCUGAAGUUGGACUAUGGGUGGCGUGCUACUUCGAAUGCCCGGAUGGACAGUUGAUUGAAUUCAAUUAUUUCGCCUCUGUGUGGACAGGGGUUUUGGCAUUCACAGUAGGAUUCAUGAUCAUCGUAUUGUUUUGUGUCAAAUUCAAAUCUUUGGGCACAUUUAUCAUCAUAUUGGCUUUCUUGCUGGUUCCAUGUGAGAUCCUCUGCGCAUGUGUCUACGCAUAUCGUGCCUAUCUCUCUCGACCAAUGGAAAACGAGCUAACGGGCAACGUGGGAGUCGACUAUUUCAGCGUAUUUUUCUUCAGUGCCAUGGCCGUAGGUGGCGUCUUACUCUUUCUCAUUACUAUCAUGUGGAACUGUUAUUAUUGUUGCGUAGCAACGCCAGUGGAAGACUUUGAGGAGGAAGUAAAGGAGGAUUUAGAAGAGGAAGAGGAAAGACAGAAGAAUCUUCGGUCUGUCCAGAAUAGUGUAUUCGUCAACAAUCCUGUGGUAGAUGAUGAGUCUCGUCCUCCUCAAUCUCGGCCACUUCAUUUCGACCAAGAACCAAAUUACGCUCGUUACCCUCACUCAGUUCAAAACGGUCAUCCGCAGUCAAUGCCACCACGACAGAAUACCAGACAUCCGGCUCCCUAUUCGGAUAACCGUCGAGAUGACCGUAAGUCAAGAUAUCAGCAGCAACCUCCUAUCCGGAAUGACUAUCCGUAUCCACCUGCGUUUGAUCGAGAGCAUAUGCCCGAAGACCGGACUAGGAGGAACCGGCAGCAGUCAAGGAUGCCACGUCCAAAUCUUGGUACGAACCACCAAUCAUAUCUUCGAAAUGAAAAUAGGCGUGGCCAAGUCAAUCGGGGAUACGAAGAGGAUGGGCUAGGGCAACCAAUAGACAGGUCGUACAACUUAAGGAGUUACCUUUACGAUGGGGCUCAAGGCGACCCGUUUGAUCAACCGCUGUACUCGGGCGGGCCGCCGAUUUACUCCGAGCAACCACGGAGAUUAACGAACCAAAACCCGAACGCUUCCGCCGAGUACAGUCGAGGCCACAACGAAAGUCGUCGACACGUGAACAGACCUCCAAAUUACUCUCCCCAACGAAACACGAGAGAACCCGUCACUGCCUUUCAACCAAGGGAAGAAGACAGAUCGUACAUCUACCGACCGAGACCCGAAAAUUACCGAGGAAAACCGACAAAACCCGAUUACAUGCAGCAACAGCAGCAGAGUGCAAGAAACAGUAGUUAUCCAUUAGCGGCACAGAAUCCUGGCCAAACCGAGAUGGCUGCUAACACGAGAGGGGCAGGUCCCGGUAACACGUACUUCUAAAUCUUCAUUUUAUACACUGUAUAUUUUACGGUGUUAAAACACCAACAGUUGGUGUUAUGAGAGCACUGUACCCAGGGGUGUACAAAUGUGCAUCAAGGAGUUUGAAUGUAACACCAAAUAGUGACGAAAUAAUAAACUCUGACACCAAGGUGAGUUAACGCAAUGAAUUUAACACUGACGAUAAAUGCCACAUACGGUCCUAUCAAAUCCCUUAUGGUGUAGCGAGAACACCGCUAUAUUUUCAAUAUGCCUUGGUUGUGAAAUUGAUUUGUAAUCGGACUGUUUUUUCCAAUUCAUAAAUCGAAACAUGGGGAGAGUUUCACUCGGCAAUUUCUGAAUGAUUUUAUUAACAAGCUACUGAAAUCCUUGCAUUUGAUUGGCUUGCAAAAAUAUUCAAAUUUAAAUCACUCGACUACGAAGACUCUGACGAAUAUCUAAAGAAUGUCGUGGGGGUGUUGUGGUCUAGUGGUUACGACUAUUGUCUUCCAA